AUGGCUUUACUACAAGGUGUUGCUGAUGCCCACUAUCGCUUUAUACUAGUAGAUGUUGGGAAAGAAGGUCGUUGUAGUGACGGUGGAGUAUUUGCGAAUAGUCCUAUAAAGAAUGGGCUAGAAACUAACACUUUGGACAUACCUCCAACUGCAGAAGUUGGUGGAAGGAGACUACCAUAUUCUCUAAUUGCUGAUGAAGCGUACCCUCUUUCCAAAUAUUUGAUGCGCCCUUAUCCGAGAAGUUCAAAUCUUGAUUUAAAAAAGAAAGUUUUUAACUAUCGUUUGAGCCGAGCAAGAAGAGUGGUUGAGAGUGCUUUCGGAAUUUUGGCAGCGCGAUGGCGAAUUUUUAGACGGCCAAUAAAUACUGACGUUUCAAGAGCCGAAAAAUUAGUAUUGGCCACAAUUUGCCUACACAAUUUCAUUAUUACAAGGGAACUUAAAAAACCACCUCAACAGAGACGUUAUUUACAGUAUAAUGAAUACGACGAACAACUUGCAUUGUAUAUUAGACCAAAUAUAAUAAAUAGCACUAAUGAAGAAAUGAUUUCAGGAAGAAAUUUAGGUGGUAUUUAUCGAGAUAGAUUUGCUGAAUAUUGUUUUAACGAAGGUGCUGUAGAAUGGCAGUGGGAUAAAGCUGCAAAUAAUGACUUUUAA